GGGGCGUAGCCUUGUGAGCAGCAGGAAGAAGUUACCUGUUGAAUCUUCCUAUCCAUUUUCUUCUCAGACCUUGCAGCUAACCCUAAGAGGGAAGCCGCAAACCACUAGCCUCUUCCGAAAAAGAGGUAAGGGGAGGUAGACAGGGAGUGGCGAAGGAGACUAUUGCAUUCCGUAGGAGGGGCCAAACUCACUUUUAACCUGCUAGGUCAGGUGAAUCGGUCCAUGGGGGUGGGGACUAGCAUAUGAGAAAAGGGCAAGGACGGAGGAGGUAUUUAUUUAUUUGCUUUCAAGACUAAAUUAGAGCCCUUCAUCUGCAGACCCAUUAGCAGAUUGUGUCUUGGGCACCCUUUCGAUCUCAGGAAGAGUAAAGAACAGAGGGGCGAGUUUUCCACAGCAGAAGGAACAACGCUUCUGGGCUUCCCCCUGUACGUGUAUUUCCUAGCCCACAAACGAUAGAGCCAUAUGGCUUCUGCAGUCUGGGGGAAUGCUCCCUGGUGGGGCCCACCGCCCCCAGCCCCAGCCCGGCCGCUCACAGACAUCGACUUCUGCUCUGGAGCGCAGCUGCAAGAACUAACCCAGCUGAUCCAGGAGCUGGGUGUGCAGGAGAGCUGGAGUGAUGGGCCCAAGCCAGGACCAGAUCUCCUCCAGGCCAAGGAUUUUGUGUUCUCUUUGCUUGGUCUCAUUCACCGCAGGGACCCUCGUUUUCCUCCCCAGACAGAGCUCCUGCUGCUUCGUGGUGGGAUUCGAGAGGGCUCCCUGGAUUUGGGGCCUGCGCCUCUAGGUCCCUACACUCGGGGACCUCAUUACGAUGCCGGCUUCACACUCCUGGUGCCCGUGUUUUCUCUAGAUGGCACUGGGCAAGAGCUGCAACUGGACACGAGAUCCUGUUACGCAUGGCUCUGCCUCCCAGAGCAGGUACGCGGAACCUCGGUCCGGGAAGCAUGGCAGGAUUGCCUAGGACCCCCAGUCCCAGGAAGAGGUGAUUGGAUCCACCCAACUGAAAGCAGAGAAAGUCCCCGGGACCCGCAAAGCUCCGUGGACCAGCCACACGGUGACAUCACUGAGCCUGAGGCCCACGAGUCUUUGGAAAAAUCACCUAGUAAUGUCUCAGUGCCAGAGUCACCCCAGCAAAACGUAACCGAUAUUGGUUUUCCCUCACCAUCGGAAGAAACGGAUGAUGACGUCACCAAAGCAGCCGAUGUUAGCCCAGGGCCUCAGCCGUCUGAGGCUCGGGAGGCAUGGCCCACACUGUGCCCCGCCCAGGUGGCUGCUUGGUUCUUUGCUUCGCUGGCUGCGGUCGCUGAGUCCCUGUUCCCGGUCCCGGGUGCCCCGCGCUUGGUCCACGCAGCCCGCCACGCAGGGUUCACUACCAUCCUCCUGGCUACGCCCGGGCCCCCGCGCCGCCUCCUGCUUUUCGACCUGAUCCCCGUGGUGUCUGUGGCCGGCUGGCCCCAGGGGGCUCGGAGCCACUCGUGGGCCGGCCCGCUGGCCUCGGAGUCGUCCUCCUUCUACCUGGUGCCCGGCGGCGGCGGCCGAACAGAGAGGCCGGGCGCCUCCGGCUGGCAGCUCUGCUUCGCCCGCCAGGAGCUGGCGCUCAAGGCGCGCAUACCCGCUCCGCUGCUGCAAGCGCACGCGGCGGCCCAGGCGCUCCUGCGCCCGCUGGUGGCGGGGACCCGGGCCGCGGCGCCCUACCUCCUGCGGACGUUGCUCUACUGGGCGUGCGAGCGGCUGCCCGCGCUCUAUCUGGCGCGGCCCGAGAAUGCGGGCGCCUGCUGCCUCGGGCUGCUGGAUGAGCUGGGCCGAGUGCUCGAGGCAGGGACGCUGCCCCACUAUUUUCUGAGUGGCCAAAAGCUCCGUGCGGGGGACGGCGCCGCUUCGCUGCUCGGGGCGUUGGCCAUGCUUCGCGGGGACCCUGCUCGGGCCCUGCGCGCCGCUGUGGAGGAGGCCAAGGCUGCGCGUAAAGGGGGCGGCUUAGCCGGCGUGGGAGCCGGGUCCCAUUAAAAACGCUGUUCGUACUAACGUGGAAAGUGCUUCUGUUGGCCAGCGGGGUGUGGAGGGGACUGCUCUCCCUUCACCUGGGAGACAGGCUGAACCCCUUGCGCCCGAAGAACCAGCGUUCUAGAAGGCCUCCUGGCUGGUUCCUCCCCAUCCUCCCACCUUCCUCUCUCACCAUCCCUGGCACAGGUCGUUCCAUUCCGGCCUCUCCACGUUACACAUCUGUGGCCAGCAAGCACCCUUCUUGCCCCGGUGCAACCUCUGGCAUCCAUCUCCCCCCAGUGCUUAUGGUCUUUUCUCUUAGGGGUCAAUAGGGGUAAUAUAUUUGCUGAAAAAAAGACGUGAAAAGGAGAAGUAUGGAGACCAGGGGCUGACCAAUUUGGUUCACACAAAGGCAGAGAUAGUAAGGAGGUCGGAUUUCACCCCAGGCUAGUCCUCGCCGCCACCGCUAUCUUUUCAGUUACUCCCCCCACUUUCCUCAUCCAAUGCUGUCCUCGAUCCCGGGCAGUAGGCGCCCUUUCUCCAUUCUCAAGGCGUCCACCAUUCCAUCUACCUAAGCCCAAGCUCUCCCCUCGUGAAGAUUUGCCUUCUGUGGAGUCGCCUACUUGUCCAUGUUCCUCUGAACCCCGAGACAGGCGGCUCCGGCUGUCUCUAGGACCGUCCCCACUCCCUGCCUCCAAGGAACCCCG